UGUGUUCAAAGUUUGCUAUGCCUGUUAGAUAACUUGUAAUGCCAGUAUAUCGAUAUCUGGAAUGCUCUAGGAAUCCUAUAGAUUGGAUACGAUAUUGUGAUUUGCACAUAACAACAAUGGUCUCACAAACUGAAUGUCGUGUUUGUCAAGUGUGAUCUUACAUUAUGCAGUCACCAGACAACCAGCGGCGAUCGUCAUCUGGGAGCAAGCGGGCAUGGGAGUCACCUCCUAUUGACAGGAAUGACAACGGUGUCGUGAAAAUCGAACUAAAUCAAAUCGACAGGGGUGGAAAUAUGAAGUCGGGGAAGGUUUCACCGGUGGAUGACCGGCCUGCGACCGCAAACUCGCAGCAGAGAAAGUCAGCGUGGGAACGCGCUCAGGAGCGAUAUGAAAAGGAGGCUAAAGCUGUGCGGAGUAAAAAUAGCGAUAUCGAUGACACAGAGUUACUCUUACAAACGGGAACGUGUUGCAGCCUGACCACGGCAAUACGACUCUUCAAGUCGAAAAAAUUCAAAAAUCCAAAACUUGAGCGGUUGUACCAACGAUAUUUUUUCAAGUUGAAUCAGACGAACUUGACAGCAAUGAUGGCGCUACUGUGCACAUAUUGCGUAAUUAUGACGUGUUUUCAUUACAUCUGCGGUGACAUUUCCUUCAUCAAGGGAACUGUUCUUGGCGUAUUUUUCGUGAUGUACAUAGUAUUAGAAAUCUUGACCAAUCGGAGUGCGUUUAAUCAUGUGUAUAUGAUCGUGGUGUCAUGUACGAAUCUCGUCCUCCUCGGGAUUAUGACGUUUAUGGUUGCGCUGGACGUUAACCCUCGGAGUGCCAGCGAGGGCCUCUGGUGUGCCGUUUUCUUUAUUUAUCUGGUUUACACGCUCCUUCCGCUGCGGAUGCGUCUGUCUGUCCUCGGCGGGAUACUUUUAGCUGUGAUUCAUGUCGUUGUGGCAACGGUCAGGAAUUCUCAAGACCCAUUCUUGUGGAAAGAGAUUGUUGCCAAUGUGUUCAUCUUCAUCGCGACCAACAUCAUCGGGGUAUUCAUUCACUACCCAACAGAGGUCGCCCAACGUCAGGCAUUUAUCGAGACACGGAGAUGUAUCGAAGCACGCCUCACCACGCAGCGGGAAAAUCAACAACAGGAGAGGCUUUUGUUGUCAGUGUUGCCGAGGCAUGUUGCCAUGGAAAUGAAAGCAGACAUUGCUGGGAAGCCAAAAGAUACUAUGUUCCACAAGAUUUAUAUUCAGCGCCACGACAACGUCAGUAUCCUGUUUGCUGACAUCUGCGGUUUCACCUCGCUGUCGUCACAGUGCACGGCGCAGGAACUUGUUCAACUCCUGAACGAAUUGUUCGCCCGGUUUGAUCGUCUUGCCCAAGAGAACCACUGCCUCCGCAUCAAGAUCCUUGGCGACUGUUAUUACUGUGUCAGCGGGCUGCCCGAGGCCCGGCCCGAUCAUGCCCACUGCUGUGUCGAGAUGGGGCUUGACAUGAUUGAUGCCAUAGCCUUGGUUCGUGAUGUGACGGCAGUCGACGUCAACAUGCGAGUCGGGAUUCACAGCGGUCGCGUACACUGCGGCGUCCUCGGCUUACGCAAGUGGCAGUUCGAUGUGUGGUCAAAUGACGUCACUUUGGCAAACCAUAUGGAGGCUGGUGGCAUCCCGGGACGAGUUCACGUGACGCAGGAUACGUUAGGCUUCCUUGGCGAAGAUUACGAGUACGACGACGGAUGUGGUGCCGAGCGCAACACAUACCUGAACAAACACAAUUGUAAAACAUAUCUCAUCAAAGCGGACUCACAUCGGAUCACUAAGGAAACUAAGUCUCCGAUGCAGACACCAGGGGGCAGGGCAGUGGGGCGUUUGUCAAUGUCAGUGGACCGAUCUUUCACAAAUGGCAACAUUGCUAGGAAGAUGGGCUACACGGAUGACCCACAGAAAAAUAUUCAUAGCAAACUCGGUUACGGCGAUAACACGUGUAAAGACCCCGAAGAUGAAGUGAAUGAAUAUCUCGGCCGUGCCAUUGACGCUCGUAGCAUCGACAGAUUACGCUCCGAGCACUGUAAAGGCUUCUUCCUGACCUUCCGAAAACAAGACUUGGAAAUAAAGUACUCUAUGGUGCGGGACACCAUGUUCACUUCCCACAUGGCAUGUGCUAUGUCAGUAUUGGUGCUGGUUUAUAUUGUACAGUUAAUCAUAUUUCCAAUAUCGUGGCUCCUGGCUGUAUUGUUUCCAAUUUGUAUUUUCAUUCUUGUUCUCCUGCUUCUUCUAGUUAUGUCCGAGAAUUUACAAUGUAUGCCCAAAAGUGUGCGUGCCAUCUCGACGCGAGUAGCGGUCAGCCGCGUACUAAGUCAGCUCAUCUCAUCCUCGUCUGUCAUCCUAGUCUUCAUAUGCACGUUUUGUGAAAUGUUUCUGUUAGAUGUGACAAACGUCAAGGAGUGCGUCGCCACUAAAAGUGGCAUCGCUGUCGAAGACGUGAAUAUCACCUACGCUAAGUGGUCAAACGUUUCCCUUGGGGACGAGAAUGGACUGUGUCAUCCAACUGUCACAUCACACUUUCCUGAGUAUUUUACGUUCUGCGUCCUUAUCGCGAUGAUGUUGAGUGCAGUCUACCUGCACGCCAGCAGCAUGCUGAAGCUUAUGCUCCUCGUGGCGAUGAGUCUUCUUUAUCUAGUCUUGGUCGAGCUACCUUACGUGAACUUGUUUGAUAACCGCGAUUUCCUUGUCAACGUGAACGCAAACUAUGGUCUUGGAGUGCCGAUGUCCACGCUACCCUUGAAGUGGAUCACCAUCGUUGUGGUAGUCCUCUUCACAGUUGCAUUGUUUAUCCACGCACAACAGGUCGAGUCUACGGAGAGGCUUGACUUCUUGUGGAAGUUACAGGCCACAGAAGAGAAGGAAGAAAUGGAGAGCUUGCGGGCGUACAACAUGCGUCUGCUUGCCAACAUCCUCCCCAUCCAUGUCGCGGAACAUUUUCUCAAAGCACAAGUCAAGAAGGAUGAGGAUCUCUACUACCAAGAUAAUCAGAACGUCUGCGUCAUGUUUGCGUCGAUCCCGAACUUCUCCGACUUCUACAUGGAGCUCGAGGGGAACAACGAGGGCGUGGAAUGCUUGAGACUACUCAAUGAGAUAAUAGCUGACUUUGAUGAGAUUAUGGAGGAAGACAACUUCGCUGGGACAGAGAAGAUCAAAACAAUAGGUUCCACGUACAUGGCCGCGUCGGGUCUGACCCCGAAAUACAACCUGGCCGACAUGAGUCAUGUGUUGACUCUUGUCGAUUACGCAUUUGCUUUGAGAAAACAGAUCGCUAAUGUUAACAUGCAUUCCUUUAAUAACUUCAAGAUGAGAAUAGGCAUGAAUGUGGGACCAGUGGUAGCCGGCGUGAUCGGGGCAAGGAAACCACAAUAUGACAUCUGGGGGAACACAGUUAAUGUAGCCAGUAGGAUGGAUAGUACUGGUCAGCUGGACAGUAUACAGGUUACAGAAGAUUUGUACAAUAUCCUUGAGCCGCGUGGUUACAAACUGACGUGCCGUGGCGUGAUCAAGGUAAAGGGCAAAGGCGACAUGAAGACGUAUUUCCUCGAGGGACAGCCCGACGGACACUCAGAGUAUGCACCUCACGAUUCUAACGUCUAGAUCAGGAGGAUUGCUUGGUAGCGGUACAGCCAGACACUCGCGUAUCAGUAUGCACCUCUUCAGUGCUUAUGGUCAUGUGGGUACAAAUUGACCUGCCAUGGUGUGAUCAAGAUUGGAAAGACUCUCAGAUGUGCCUCAUGAUUCUAACGUCUAGAUCAUGAGAGUUACUUGGUGGGGCGUCAGCCGGUUAGUCACAAUGAGAAAGCACCUCGUGAGGCCCUAGAGUUAUAAGGGUACAAAUUGACCUACUCCAAUGUCUAAAUCAUAAGUGUUACUUGGUAGCGGAACAGCUGGAUUUUUUCAGUGCUUAUGAUCACAAGGGUACAAACUGACCUACCAUGGUCACUCAAAGAUUGGACAGACUCUCAGAUUAAAAAGCUGCAAAUAUUCCCCAGUGAACAGUUUGCCUACUGAGUCAUCAACCAAAUUACUCAGUAUUCUGUUUUCAGCUCAGCAAACAAGAUGUUUUUGUCAUUGCGACCUGCAUCAUGACAUCGUGACUACUGUGAUAGGAAAAUUGCAUUUAAUCUUCACGUUGUUUUGGCUUCAUUGCAGUGACAAAACUCUCCUGUUGGCAGGGCACUUUAUUCUUGGGGGUUAUCUUUUCUUACGUAUUGACGAAUCUGGAUGACUUCGUGCGGAACUCUUGCCCAAGAGUCGCAUCUUUCAAACUAGUUUCAAUCCAAGUUUUGUUAGUGAUAAAAAUGUUGAAUCUUUUGAAAAAGAUAUUGAUGUGUACAUGUGCAUGUAGCUAGCAUGUUUUUCCAAAUGAGGGUCACACUAAUUGAUAUGUAAGUAAAUGUGUGAUUCAUGGAUGUCUUAUCAUGUAAAUCGAUCCUUUUGAAUUGUGACUCUGAAUCAUAUGUAAAUUCCAGUUAACAUACAUGUAAAUCCCUUUUGAAUUGUGACUCUGAAUCAUAUGUAAAUUCCAGUUAACAUACAUGUAAAUCCUUUUUGAAUUGUGACUCUGAAUCAUAUGUAAAUUCCAGUUAACAUACAUGUAAAUCCUUUUUGAAUUGUGACUCUGAAUCAUAUGUAAAUUCCAGUUAACAUACAUGUAAAUCCCUUUUGAAUUGUGACUCUGAAUCAUAUGUAAAUUCCAGUUAACAUACAUGUAAAUCCGUUUUGAUUCAAUCAUGCAUACUUGUCACAAUGUAAAUUCCAUCUAUGAUAUGUGUAAAUUCCUUUUGAGUGAUGAAUGUUUAUGAUAUGUAAAUUGUUUAUGAUAUGUAAAUUAUUUAUGAUCCUUAAAUAUUUAUGAUAUGUAAAGUUUUUUGAUUCCUGGUAUUCAUAUUCAAAGAGCCCAUAUUUUCAACAUCUAGAGUUCAUGGGUAAGCUAAGGUGGUACAAUUAUAACUGCUGCAGUGAAAAAAUGGCUUUUAGUAUACAUCAAUGCACACAUAGGCUAUAAUUACACCAGGGCUUUAAGUGCACCAUCUUACCUUACUGCAAGCCUGAUAAUGUUCCCGUAUGAUAUUGGUUGUGAGAGGUGUCCAGAUUAGAGAGGUCAAAUUCAAUGGAAACAUCCAAUAUGUGCUAAAGAAAUGUCCUCAAUAGAGAGGUUGUCCGGAAUAGAGAGUUGUCUGCUAUGGGCGGUUUCACUGUAUAUGGAUUGUCAUUAGAUGUUUACUUCCUUAUAACAUGAAACAUGUGAAUAUUUGAUGUUAUUUCUACAACCCAGUCAUGACGGUGUCAGUAUUCCGAGUCAUUUAGUCUCUUCCUCAUGAUUAGUGAUAGUUAUCAGCACAUUUUCUCAAGUUUGACCAGUCAAGUGUCUCUUCUGUCUACCUUGUCUUUCAUUCAUCCUCUUCCUAGUAUCAGCCUCAUAAUCCUGUUGGAUUUUCCUGGAGGUGUGGAGUCCACUACAGGCUACUGUCCACCUAUGUGGAAACUUUUACUUGCCCUGCCCUAGAGGUUAUCAUUACCGGCAUCGUAAACCUGUAUUUUUGCCGGAGGUAUGGAGUCCACUGCAGGCUACUGUUCACCUGUAUUAGCUGUUUUCCUUGCCUUCACAGAGCCACUUUGGUACAAGGGACCACAGCUUUAAGCUUCCUCUGACAGAGCCUCAUUAAUCAGACCUUAUAUUGAGCCUCACACUUGUAAAAAGCAAGGAAAUUCAUUUCCUUGUAAUGCCACUUCGGUUCAUCCAGAAAUACAACACUGGGUUCUGACCGCGAUUACAACUGAGCCGAAUAGUGUGAUGGAUAGCAGAAGUCAUAUUCAAUGAUUAGGAAGGCGUCUAAGAAGGGGAACAGGAAAUAUUGUAAUACUAAUUAUACUUUUAGACUAUACUUAAGAAUGUGCCAAUUAGUGUAAUUCUACAUGUUCCCUUUGUUAUGCACAACAAGCACAAUUGUAUAACUGUAUGUAUAAACACAUGAUAUUUGCACAAUGUCUGCAUCAGUUAUCUGUAAAGAAAUAUCUUGUUAUAUAUUAUUGUGUCAAAAGUUUAAUGGACCAACUGUACAAUAUUGUGUCAUUAUAAAUGUGCAGUGGACCUCCUUCGAGUUCGACCUGCUUGAAAGAAGAUUGUUUAUUUGUUUGUUAUCCUCUACAGUAGCAUUGAACUUUUAAAUGUACUGCCAAAAAUAUAUAGGAUCACGACAUAAUUUAUAUAUUUUUGGUAAAAUCAUUGUCAAGUUUUGUAUAUUUUAUACAUAUCAGUUGCUUAUUGUGUCAUUUUAUCAUGAGUUUGUGAGUUAAUCAUAUGAAUUAUGUAAAUAUUACUUCAUGAAUGGUAGAGUCACUUCCAGGUAUACAUGUGUAUGUGGAGUUGGGAGUUCCUGGGUAGAAGAUGGCACUGAGGGACCAUCUCAAAAUUACUAUGAAGACAAUGAAGAGGUGUGUUUCUAAAGGGAGAGUAGGGAAAAUCAAAUUCAGUGAUUUUGGAUAGAAGAUGGCACUGAGGGACCGUCUCCAAAUAACUGUAAAGACAAUGAAGGGUAAUGGGUGGGACAUUUGUAAUUUUAGACGUUUUUCCCAUAAUAUGGCUCAACUUAGAUGGGGGUUCCACCAACUUCCACACCUGGAAAAAGGUCUCAAAAUGUGCACGCGCUAUACUGCCCAUUUAAUAAUUGGUGUGUGUGGGGAAACUUUGCUUUUCAAUUCAGAGCCAAAAUUGUGGUUUAUGUGGGAAACCUUUGCUUUCGAGAGCCAAAAUUGUACAUUACAAAAUUUAGAACAUGACUAAUAAGAGAAUUGAAUUCAUUUGAUGAUAUUGACAUAGUAUUGGUGUUGCCUGUGAUCCGACCCAACUGGACAAUAUCCCAUUGCCGCAGCGUCUGUGGUGAUCAUGAAUAAA